AUGCCAGCAUCUGAGAAGAAACCUGGCAGCAGCAAUCCUAACAGCAACAAUCUGAGCAGCGGCAAACCAAGCACUAGCAAGCCUAACAGCAGUAACUUGAGCAUCAACGGUCCAAGCAACAAAGCGUCUGGCACCAAGUCAUUGACCAACUCAGCGGAACAUCCCAACACCUCGUCACCCAUCCAAACCUCCUCCUCAUCGCGAGGAACCUCGUUAGGAUCUCGCUUCGCCAGACCUUUCGCGGCCCUGGUUCCCACCUUUGCCCGCUCCUCCCCGUCAACUGCUGCUCAGGUCGACCCCGACCCUGACCCUGACCCCGAGUUUCCCGAGGAUUACCGAUACGACGGGAAUUCGAUAAUGGAGAUGGAGUCUUUAGGCGGGGGGGUUACCUCGGAUUUUUCGCUCAUGGCCACGCCGUCCAUGUCUCUGGAAGACGCACUCGCCCGAGCCACGGAGGCAGCUUCGGAAACGAGCCACAGCUCCGUGCCAGACCAGACGGUGGCCUCUCGCGGAGGCAGGAAUGACGCGUUUAUGGACGCCGCGAUUCAGCGUAUGAGAGUCGAGCUCGCGUCGAUGGGGAAGGCGGACGAGAGCCUGGACGAAGCCAUUGCGCGGGCUGCUAACGCAGGUUCCGCGGGAAAUUCCUGCGCGCCAUCCGCGCGCGACGCCUGCGCGCCAUUCGCGGGGUCUUCCCGCGCGCCUGCGGGUAACGCUCACGCGACUGAAGGUUCUCGUGGCGCUGGCGCGUUAUCCGCUGGCAAGUCUGACGAUUUCAUGGAUGCGGCCGUGAGAAGGAUGCGCGAGGAGCUGGCGGGGAUGGGGAAGGCGGAUGAGAGCCUGGACGACGCUAUCGCGCGGGCUGCUGGCGCGGCUGGCGCUGCUGACGCUGGUGCUGCUGGUUCUGGUGCUGGCGUUGCUGACUCUGGCGACAAUAGGGGUGGGGGCAGUAAGGGUGGGAGCAGUGAUGCAGCCGUGAGGCAGAUAGCAGUGGAGCUGGCUGGGUUAGGCCAGGCGGAUGAGAGCCUAGACGACGCCAUUGCCCGCGCUGCUGCCGCUGCCGGUAGUGCUGAUAGUGCUGGUCGUGGUGCCGGUGGUGCUGCUGCUUCUAGUGCUCGCUCUCACGCUUCUGGGAGUUCGCGCGGGGCUGGAGAUAGCGGGGGUGGGGGCAGUGGGGGUGACCCGCGCAUGGAUGCAGCCGUGAGGCGGAUGGCAGAGGAGCUGGCUAGCUUGGGUCAUACCGAUGAGAGCCUUGACGACGCCAUUGCCCGCGCUGCUGCCGCUGCUGGUAGUGCUGAUAGUGCUGGUCGUGGUGCUGGUGGCGCUGCUGCUUCUGGUGCUCGCUCUUAUGCUUCUGGGAGUUCGCGUGGGGCUGGAGAGAGUGGGGAUGGGAGCAACGACCCGCGCAUGGAAGCAGCCGUGAGGCGGAUGAAAGAGGAGUUAGCUAGCUUAGACCCCGAGUUCCCAGACGACUAUCGAUACGAUGGGAACUCGUUUAUGGACUCUGGCCUGUUAGGCUCGCAGGGGAGUGUCUGUACGGGCGUGACUCGGCAGUUCUCCAACCUCAGCCGCCCCACAGAGUCUUUAGAUGAGGCCAUUGCUCGCGCUGCUGCUGCUGCUGCCACCACCUGUGCUGGGAACGCUUCGGGCGCUGGGUGUGGGGGGUUAAGAGGGGCAGGUGGGGGUGCCCGCGCGCCUGCUACUGCUCCCGCUGCUCCUGCUGCGCCUGCCUCUGGAGUGCCUGAUGCUGCCGCAGCCCCAGCACCAGCCAAUCUUGACCCAGACCCCGAGUUCCCAGACGACUAUCGCUACGAUGGGAACUCGUUUAUGGACUCUGGCCUUCUAAGCUUAGGAGGAACAAUGAGCUCUGUGGGGGCGUCUGGGGGAGGGUAUGCAGGCUCGCAGGGGAGUGCCUGUACGGGCGUGACUAGGCAGUUCUCCAACCUCAGCCGACCGACAGAAUCGCUGGACGAGGCCAUUGCCCGCGCUGCUGCUGCUGCCACCGUCGCCUGUGCCGGGAACGCGUCUGGGGCUGGGUGUGGGGGGGAGAGAGGAGCAGGUGGGGGUGCCCGCGCGCCUGCUGCUGCUCCUGCUGUGGCUGCUGCGCCUGCUGUGGCUGCUGGUUCGGGUGGUGGUUCUUCUGGUUCUGCGGGUUGGGCCAUGAGGAGGGAGGUCUCUUUGGAUACAGCAGUGCGGGAGAUGCAGGAGGUGCGGGCUAACAUGGGGAAGGCGGGAGAGAGCUUAGAAGACUCCAUUGCUCGCGCUGCUGGCCUGGCUGAUGCUGCUUCGUCCCGAGCAGGCAUUACCUCCCAGUCAGGAGGUAUGCCCUAUGCCCCCUCUGCUCAUGGUAGUUCCUUAGCGGGCAUGGGGGCGGUAAUGAAGCAGGGUGAUGCGGCCAUGGGGAGGGGGGGUGAUGCGGGCAUGGAGGCGGCAGUGAGGGGGGGUGAUGCGGGCAUGGGGGCGGCAGUGAGGGGGGUGUGCGAGGAAGUGGCGGGGGUGGGGAAGGCGGAUGAGAGCCUGGACGAUGCUAUUGCUCGGGCUGCUGCUGCUGCUGGUGCUGCUGCUGGUGCUGGUGGUGCUACUGCUGCUGCUGCUGGUGCUGUGGCUGCUAGUGCUGCUCCUGUUGCUGGUGCUGCUGUUGCUUCUCGUGCUGCUAAUGCUGCUGCUGAUGCUGCUGCGGAUGCCACUCCCCAUCCUGCCAUUCCCCAUCCUUCCAUCCCUCACCCUGCCGUCCCCCACCCUGCCAUUCCCCACCCUGCUGUCCCGAACCCUCUUAAUCGCCCGCCUGGUAUCGCCCCCCUUGCUGGGAACUGGCCACAGCAUCAAUUUCCCCCAGCAGGUUUCACCCCAUCAAAAGGCACUUCUGAGGCGCCCCAGAAGCUGCCUGCGCCCGGGAUCGCCCCACUUCCUGGGACCUGGGCUCAUCAUCACAUUCCCCCAGCAAGCUUCAACCCAUGUAAAGGCCCCGACCCCAAGGGAAGCACCACAGUCAUCCCGUCUUCCACUGAAAGCUGCACCACCAUCCCUCCUCCUGGCACCUGGGCUCAUCAUCAGAUCCCCCCUGCAAGCUUCACCCCGUGUAAGAACUCAUCAGCAGACCCCAAGGGAAGCAGCACAGUCAUCCCUUCUUCCACUGAAAGCUGCACCACCAUCCCCCCCUCCAACGCCUCUCUCGCCACCACCACCACCAACGCCUCUAGCUCUGUCAUCCACCCCUACGGCGCCUCUGCAGUUUCAACCAGCACUUGGAGCAGUUCUAUUGGUAAAAGUAACGCGUCGAGCGUUGGCGAGUACGGUUACGGGAUGGUUACCACGUUCGGCCUGCCGUGCGAGUCGCUGGAGGAGGCGUUGGAGCGGGCGUCUCUGACGGCUACCUCGACUCGGUCGAGCUUUGAGGCGCCUCGAAGGGAGUUUGAGGCGCCUCGAAAGGCUUCUGAGGCGCCUCAGAAUUUGUCGCUGGAAGAGGCUUUGGAACGGGCGUCUCUGGCUGCUAGCUCGACACAGUCGAGUAUAGACGGGGAUGCAGGCCAUAGGUAUGAAAUCAGUGCUGAUGCUGAUGCUGCUGCUGCUUCUGCUGCUGCUGCUGGUGGUGCUGGUGCUGGUGGUGGUGCUGAUGCUGCUGCUGGUGGUGUUGGUGGAGUAGAGGAGGCAGGUGGAAAGAAGAAGCGGCAGGGAGUGGGAGGCAUGCUGGCUCAUGCGUUCAAAUGGGGAUCCAAGCACCACUCUCACAAAAACGACCCAGCUUCCAAGCGGGCCGAGAGGCACCGACUAGGAAAACACCACGACGGCCUAGCAGGGUCUGGGUCGCAGAUAGGCAGUUCUGAGGCGGGUUCGCUACGGUCGGCCAAGGGCUUCGGGGUGAUAGAGGAGGAGGAGGAUGAGGAGGACGGGCGGGCGUCUGGGUACAGCUCAUCAACGCAUUCUUCGGGGAAUUCGGGGUCGCGAGGGUGGCAUUCCCCGUCUCAUUCACACAGGGCGGCGUUGGGCCGUGCUGGGGCGUUCGGGAGCCGGGGUGGGAGCGAGCGGGGCGACAGUGGGAGUGGGCAUAUGGGGGGUGAGGAGGAUGAGGGUGGGGAUGAUGGUGGUGUGGGUUACACUGCUGUGUUUUCCAACGUGGCAGCAGCAGCCUAUCGCAAGCCUCGGAAAUGGGCGUCUGGUGCCAGCUCAGCGACAGGAUCAGUAGCAGGUGACCUGGAUCGAGAUUAUAGCGAUCGGAAUCUGCCUGUCUAUGGUAGUCAGAGGGGGUAA